AACGCACGUUCUUUUAAAUAGCUUCUCUUUUUCUCUCCUUUUUCCCUUUUUUUCUCUCUUUCUUUUCUUAAAAAAAUAAAAUGGCGACAUUAGAGGAUACAUCGGAAAUCACUGAAGAAAUUAAAGACAGCUAUAUUCGUCAAAAUUUACCUGUGAGGCGUCAGAGUCUUAUUGUCUACCAAGACAAACUAAGAUCCGAACAACAAGAUGAACAACCGAAAAGACACGCAAGUAUGAUGGACUUGUCAACAGCACCCCAUACUACCAACAGACUCUAUAACAGCAAAUCAAUGAAUUCUCUAUCUCCUAAAAAACAUAACCGACCCAAUCCACCACUUUCUAUUCAAAUUGAUUCUCAAACGAUACAGACAAGCAACAGUAGUCAAAGUAGUGGAAGCAGUUCUUCUGAUUUCUUUAUGGACACUCUUUUUGAAGAAGAACCACAACAGCCAUCUCAAAGAAUACCAAGAUUUAUUGGUCGUCUUAAACAAAGUAAAUCGGACACAACUCACAGAUACAACCCUACAAAAAGAAGACCGUCAGAUGAUACAUCGAGUCCAUUAGCACAAUCAUGGAACGAUAUGUCACAACCCCUCUUUAGACUAAAAAAUGUAUUUUCUCGUCUACAAACAACCAAUAAUAACUGUGAUACUAGAAAGCGCACAUCUAUCUAUAGUCAGGAAUUACGAAAACGAAAAAACAAAUGGACAGAUAAAAAAAAGUCGGCGACUGUCUAUACUGCCUUAUUAUCGCAUGUAUCCAGCGAAUUUCUAAAGAGAAUACAGUUAUCUGCUAUUGCUUUCAAAGACGGUAUUCAAUAUCAUGAUGUCUUUAGUGGAUCAGUAGCUGUGGAUUGUAUUCUGGAAAUCUUGAAUACAAAUGAUCGGAAUUUGGCCUUAUUAGUGGGACGUGCACUUGAAAACCAAGGGUUUUUUCAUCAUGUCAAUUAUGACCAUCGUCUAAGGGAUUUGGAAAUUGAACUUUAUCAGUUCCAAUAUGUGAACAAUACAGUCUAUGAUGCAUUACCCACUGCCAGUUCCAAUAAAUUAUUGCCACUUAAAAAGUCAAAUCGAAAGCAUGUGCCAUCGAUUUGCGAAACCUUACCGAUCAAUGGUGUAUUUUCUGUUCUUACGGAUUGCUAUUCGCCUACUUGCACACGAAAGAAUCCGUGUUAUAGCAUCAGUUGUCCUAGAAAAAUGACGAAAAACAAGAAUGUACAACGUCCUUUGAGUUCUUAUUUUCUUCGGACAGAACAAGAGUUACAGCUAAGGUCUUUAUGGAGACAUUCUGUACCUUUGAAUAUCGUAUUGGGCACCAAUGAUAUUGAACAAAAACGUCAAGAAUGCAUUUAUGAACUCAUUUACACAGAGGAUGAUUUCACAAGAGAUUUACACUAUGUUCAAGAUUUUUGGAUUGAACCUCUUUUACAUGGUGAUAUUAUACCUAUCGAAAGAAGACAUGAAUUUAUUACAGAUGUCUUUUGGAAUUGGGCAGAUAUUGAACGCAUCAGCACAAACUUGUCCAAAGAUCUCACGCUAAGACAAGACAAACAUUCUGUGAUACCUUGUAUUGGUGAUAUCUUAUUGGAACAUGUUGAAGGGUUUGAACCAUUUGUGAUUUAUGGUGCACAUCAAAUUAUUGGCAAACAUACAUUCGAAUUAGAAAAGAAGAGAAAUCCCAAGUUUUUACAGUUUGUAGAAAAAUUGGAAAGACAACCUGAAUCAAGGAGACUAGAGUUAAAUGGUUAUCUUACAAAACCUACCUCAAGGCUGGGACGAUAUAACCUGUUAUUAAACGCAAUUCAUCAAUUAACACCUAAAGAGCACAAAGACUAUCAAGAUAUUCCUAAAGUGAUUGAUAAGAUAACACGGUUCUUGGUUCAAUUGAAUAAGCGAGUAGGUUUAUCAGAUAAUGCAUUUCAUUUAGAACAGAUAUCCAAUCGUAUUUUAGCCCCCAAGGGACAUAACUUGAAUUUACUUGAUCCUAAACGUCAACUCUUAAUGAGAGGCAAAAUGAAAAAGUGUGGCCAAUACACAAACAAGAACACAAACCAUGUUGUCAUACCUUCAUUACUGGAUAUUCAAGUCUUUUUGUUUGAUCAUUACCUUGUGUUUUGCAAGAUUAAACAUCAAGAUGGACUUGAUUAUUAUAAACUAUACCAAAAACCUAUUCUAGUCAAACAUUUACAUGCGUUUAUACCACAUUCUGUGAUUAUUCCCCCCACAAAAUCAUUCAGUACAUCACAUAUCUAUAGUAAAUUAUCGCCCAGUACUUUUCAGAACAGUAUUUCUGACAUGACUCCUCCUCCACAAACAAAGACCCAUGUGUUUCCUCUUAGUUUUUCAAACAAACAAGAUACUUCUCCAUCACCCAUUACUUUCCUCGUCUCUACAGAUUCAACUCGACAUGUGUGGUUAAACAAGAUAGAAGAAGCACAACAGCAACAAUAACAACAAUAGGAUUGUACAUAAAUAAAAAACUAGACUUUAAU